AUGGAGCAGCGAAGUUCAUCAACAGAUGACCGAGAUACGUUUACGGCGGUUAGUGCUGAUAUGGAACCAUAUAGAAAUGAGAGACGAUCGAUUAAAUCUGCAAGCCGUCGACAUCUACAGCCAUCGGUCUUGGUGAAGCAUCAACUCGUAAGGUCUCCUAACAAAGAACGUAAAAGCAUCAGUUUCGAAAAGGAAUACAAAAGCUUAGGUCGUCAUAAAAAAGAAUCUAAAAGUUCCCAUGAAGUCAAACAGCCUUUAAAUCUGCCUGAUAGUGAAAACAUUCCAAAGCAUUAUGUCCUUCACUCAAAGAUCGACGAGUUCAAGGAAAGAGGAAUAAACCAAGUUUACAAAUCCAGUCCAGAUGAAAAGGCACAAGAAUAUAUAACCUCAAGUGGACCAGAAGGGUUAAGUGUCCAGCUUUUUCCUCAUCAAUUAUCAGGUUUGAAAUUCCUCGAACAAAGAGAGAAUCUUCCCGGUGAAUAUAAAGGUGGUCUACUCUGCGAUGAUAUGGGACUUGGUAAAACUGUUCAAAUGAUAUCAUUGAUGCUCCUGCGUGCUGCAACCAAACCAUAUACUAAAUCGAACUUAAUUGUUUGUCCUUUAUCACUUUUAAAUCAAUGGAAAAGUGAGAUUGAGAAUAAGGCACCAAAGUUGAAAGUUUAUAUAUUUCACGGGAAACAAAAAGACAUAAAAUCUGAAGAGCUAACAAAAUAUGAUGCUGUACUUACCACCUAUAGUACACUUAGCCAACAAUACAUACUUGGUGAUAAUUCUAUACUACAUUGUAUAAAAUGGUGGCGAGUAAUUCUAGAUGAAGCACAUAAUAUAAAAAAUAAGAAGGCUAAGCAAAGCGUUGCAACUUUUAACUUAAAUGGGAGCCGAAGGUGGUGUUUAACAGGUACCCCUAUACAAAAUAACUUGACUGAAUUGCAUUCUUUGUUCAUAUUUAUCAAAGUCUCAAAGCUAUCAAAUGACGAGCAUUGGAGACGUCUUGUCUCAGAUGCUUUGAAAAAACAUGAUAUUGAUAUAGCGGUGAAGACUUUGAAAACUGAGUUGCAAUACUUGAUGCUCAGGCGUACAAAAGAUAUCUUGAGAAUUCAAUCUAACUUGUUUUUACCUCGUAAAACUGAGACUAAUAUCAUGAUAAAGUUUUCACAGUUUGAGAAGCAACUCUAUGAAAACUUGAGUCGGAUUAUUGCUAGUCGAUUGUAUGGUAAAAGCAUAACUAGUUCUGUCAGUGAUAAUACAAAAUUUAAGCUCAAGAAAGGCAUUUUGAAAAUCGAUUCAAAAUCUUAUGUUUCGGCGUUUGUAAUGCUUUUGAGAUUGAGACAACUUUGCUGCAGUUGGGAAUUAUUGCUUGAAAAAGUGGAAAAGACUGAUGAUGAGCUAUGUUUAAGCGAAGGUCUUCUGAAAACGAUGAAACCUCAUACUGCGGAUGAUGUUGACCAGUUAAGCAAAAGCUUAGAAAAAUUGUCCGUAGACUCAAAAAUAUGCUGCAUUUGUUCGAACAGUUUAGAAAAAGGUGACAAUGGUAGUAUGUGUGCUCCUUGUCAAAAUUCAUUGGACCUCAAAAGUCCUAAAAGUGAACAACUGAGUUUUGUACUGGCAAAAUUCAAGGCUUUGAUGGAUAUUCUCAGUAAAGACAAAGAAAGAAAAACUAUAAUUUUUUCACAAUUUUCCUCUUUGUUCGACAUCUUGGUACCUUUUUUAAGACGGCAAGGAUACUCGCCCUUGGUGUUUACAGGUUCCAUGAAUCUAGAAUCGAGAAAUCAUACUCUCUUAGAAGCAAAAGAGGACUCAAGGAAAACUGUAUUAUUAUGUUCAUUAAAAUGUGCUUCCGUUGGCCUCAACUUAACUUUCGCAAGUAGAGUUAUCAUUUUAGAUCCUUAUUGGAAUCCCUCUAUCCAAGAGCAAGCUAUUGAUAGAGUGUACAGAAUGGGCCAAGCUAAUCCUGUGGAUGUUUAUAUAGUGACAAUUGAAAAUUCUGUAGAACAGAAAAUUCUCAAAUUGCAAGCCAGAAAGAAAGACUUGGCUUCGAUUAUAACAUCUGAUAGACUUGAUAAUAAGGGUAUCAAAAAUCCAAAUCACUUAAGCCAAAGAGAGCUUUUACAAUUACUAGGAAUGGAGAGCUUUCAGUAA